CGCCGAUGCCGGUCCCAAGCCCGGAUGCAAAAGGAGGAGGGUUUGCAGGAGUGACCAUACCUGCUGUAAAAGGGUCAACGCCGAACCCCAGGCGGCGGUUAAUAACCUGACAACACCAUGGCAACCAGUGGCCAAGAGGUCUAAAUCACCUCUAAAAGACUGAUCCAGAACGGUCAGGCCAGAGGACACACCCAACUCUGGCAGGGUGCCCAAAACCUUAUCCCUUGAUCCCUUAGUUAGGAACCUAAACCCUUACCCAGCCACUUCCUACCCUUUAUACGUCCCCAACUAUACAUUCACUGCUCACACUACACUCUACAAACUACACAUACGACUAAACCAUGAAGACGGAUUCAAAGAGACAAUUACUACCCCAGGGGGGUACCGGAAACGGACAAUCCUCCGCUGUAGCGACACCGCCGGUCACUGGAUUACCGGACGGGGGUGUGGCUACAGUCCGCCCUGCGUAUUCUGGGGGGGGGCGAGAACCCGCCUUGCGCAUUGCGCAACCAACGACUCGGCUAUGUAAAAAGGACAGAUGACCAAGCAAAAAACGAACCCACCACUAACCCAACUACCCUGACAGCACCCGACUUGCAACCAUGCCCGACCACAGCUAACAAGGACUCCGAUAUAAAUAUGACUUCAGUCGCGAUGGCCGUCCCUCCACCAGAUAUAAAAUCCGCUUGGGCCAACGUAGAAUCCAAGCACAAGCGGAAAAAACCUAAAAGGAAGAGAAACAAGACGGACUUACAGACUGCAUCCCCUUCAGGCACACGCCUAAGCGGGCAGACGUCGAAGACAGAAAGGACUACAACAGUGACAGGCAAGGCCCAGACGGGGGGCUUGUACGGACAAAGCGGCGAGCAGUCUGCACAACAGCGGCUGCCCCCCGCGGAGACUGUCGUCCCACGCCCAGGCACAAGCCGCAGCACUGCUGUAGUCCAGAAAAUCUCCGGCGAAAACCUUCCGGCGGAGCCUGCCAAACCAACAUUGGACGCUACAUGCGCAAACACCUCUGGCCAACGUCAGCAACACCCCGUCGCACCCCGGUGCAACAAACACUGGAGAGGGCGGAGCGGUGGUGGGGCUGACGAGGACAGAAACCCCAACCCGUCAAAUAGCCAGCCCAGUCUUAAACGGGGCAGGCUAGAUGACUCCAUUUCACCAAGGGGCCAGACAAAAAGAACCAAGACAAUCGGACAGACCAGAACGAGGGAGAGUUACGCAGGCGCGACCCAACAACAUCUGAGUGUCGCAAUCACCCUCGUUCCUAGGGCUGACAUGACGCAGACAGAGGCGAUGACUCUGCAAGAGCAAAUCCAGGAGGAGGUUUUCGAGGCUUGCCUUAGAGAUCCAAUUCCUGGAGUUCCUCUAACCCAUGCACCCACCUUCUCAGGAAAAGCCUUCCUCAGUGAAGGCGUCCUGAAAAUGUGGUGUGAAGACGACCAAGCCCUUCAAUGGUUGAACGCGGUCUUACCAAGGCUGAAUUCGCCAAGGGAGGGCUUCGAAAUUAAAAUAAUAAACCAGCGCGAAAUCACGAAGAGGGUGAAAGGAGCACUAUACGUGCCCAACUACCGGGGAGAUAUCGGCAAACUUCACAGGAUCCUCCUACGGCAGAACCCGAAGUAUGAUAUCGGCAGCUGGACCCUACAUAAUUUCAAAAGGUCGACAGGGAGACUUCCAGGUGUGUUCCUAAUACUAGGAAUACCCCAGGAAAAGAUCGACACCAUUGUGGACAACGACAGGAGGGUAGCCUAUUCCACUGGGACGAUAUAUCUCAAGUUCUUUGUUGGCGAAGAACUUAGUGAUAUACCGCCCAGUCAAGCUACCUCCACAAAACAGGACAAUACUGAGACAGACGCAGCCGCGAAGACAAUCACACAGACAGUUUGUGAAAAACUACCGGACUCUGUACAGGACGGACAUGACAGCGAUACGACGUGCCCUGGACCAAGUACCGCUCCCUCAACAAGUGGGAUGAAUUGGGAAGGAACGCGUCCCGAACCAAGCAUCACACCAUCAACAAGUGGGAUGCAAUGGGAAGAGACGCGCCCCGGACCAAGUAUCACACCCACUCUAGAGGGGUUGAAAUGGGAAAGGGCAUCAGGCACAGACGCAACUGAUUCAGACGACGACGACAUGGCGGACUCAGCUCCGCUGUAUACAUUACUGGAGAAAUGUGUCCCCCGGGACGCAUAAACUCCAUCAAUAUCCAUCUUCAGUAAUGUAGACAUAGUACAGGCCAACCUCCAGCAUAAGAUCCUUGCAACGGCUACUCUACGCAAACAACUGGAGGAGGGGGCCCAAACCAUAGUGCUGAUCCAAGAGCCGUGGGUCAGAGGAAACCGCAUAUGUGGUUUUGGCAACUGCAACGGUAAGUUUCUUUAUGACAGUAAACAAACUCCACCGAGAACUUGUAUUUAUAUACCUCGCUGUAUCACAGCGACAAUGCUAACACAAUUCUGUUUCAGAGACAUAACAACAAUAAGAAUACAAAGUGGCAUAGGACAACAAACCGGUGCUAGGACAAGACCACUAGUCUUGACAUCGUUAUAUCUACCCAUAGAAGAACAUAUACCACCAAAAGAGAUGACGGACCUCAUAAAAUACUGUGAGGACGAAAACACUGACCUCAUAAUUGGAGUAGACAGCAACGCACAUCACACCCUAUGGGGAUGCAACGAAAACAACAAAAGAGGUAUGACAGACAGUCCUCUGUGCAGAGCCUGCAUGGAGGAGGACGAGACACCGCUACACGUUAUGCUCAGUUGCAGAGGCGUAACGGAACAACGAGCAACCUACAUUGGCUCCUCAGCGACACUCCAUGAGGCUAUCGGCGACCUGGGCGGCCUGCUAAGCUUCUGGAGCGAGCUCGGCUGGAUGGAAUAAAUCCAGCGGGAACCUACACCGGAGGGACCCACGCACAACGGCCAAUCAAAUGGCUAAGUGCGGAAACGGCCCAGAAUAAAGAAGAAGAAGAAG